AUGCGUCUCGAUAUUGCCUUUCUGUUUGUGAUGACAUGGACUACAGUGCGAUGCUACGAUUAUGCGUCAGCAUGUGCGCGGCCGUACCGUACCAAGCGGGCGAAGGCGCUUCCAGACGUGCCUUGCGACCUGAGCGAGCAGAGCUACUGCACCAUCCCCGGGAACAGCUACCCCUGGCACGCCAUACGAAGGUUCAUCCGAGAGAACCAGGGUCUUAUGCGAAGAAUGUAUGGUGAGGAACGUCACAUAGCCGUACUUAAGGCAGAGUUGGAAAAUUUUAUUGACGACGACGAAGAUAACAAUGAAAAGGGCCCAGAUUUUGCAGAAGACAUAAUUAAGACUAAAAUGUUGUAUACAAAGAAAAGCCACGGACGUGCCAUGAAAGACAAACCGCAUUUUAGACCCAUUCAAUCAAAUAAUGAUAAACAGAAAAAGACUGAAAAUGAUACUUUAAAAGUAAAGCCGCUUGAAAAUGUCGGGAACAGUUCAAACAUAAAAGAAAAUGGGAAUGACACUGACGUGAACAAUAACGAAACUCUAAACGAUGAUAAAGGCAUAUCGUACAAAACUAAACUUGAAAGUAUUGCCAAUAUAGAAAUAAACAAUUUAGAUCCAGAUGUGAUCACAUUAGAAGCUGUAAUAAAGCAAAGUAUAGAAACAAAUAGUGUAUACUCAAAUUUUUCAGGAACUUCAAAAAGUGAAGUACUUGAAACUAAAAAUAAUACAGACAGAAAUUUCACAACAACAACUGAGGUCCUCAAUAGUACAGAAAUUGCCGACGAUCAAUACGACGAUUUAACCACAGAAACAAGCAAAGACGGGUGGAAAAGUAACGCUGACAUUUCCACUUUGCCUCCAACAUUAUUAUUUUCAGAGCAUGAUAGAAUAAAAGAUCGAGUAGAUUAUAAAGAAAAUGACAAGAAAGAAGAGUUCCAUCAAAAACCAGUUCAAGAGACCAUGCGGCCUUCUAUAAUAAAAUUGCGUGGAGCGAACGCAUGUGAAACUAAGGAAGAGAUGGCGGCUCCGUUUUGGGCAAAUAGUACUAGAGGGGAAAUGCUGGCACUCCUCAACAUGUAUCCAUUCGAACAGUAUAUCCAUUUAGAGACCUGUGUACACAAACACAAGCAAAUGUACUGUAGGGAAGGAUGCAGAUGCGAGCAACAAUUCCGCCUCCACCGCCUUUUAGCUUACGACCCGCGCAACGAAUGUCGGGGAAUUUUCGCCGACUGGUUUAAAUUUCCAGCUUGUUGUUUAUGUAAAUGCUAUGAUGUUCCAUUGGAGUUCCGCGCGAGAUCACCCCGGGUCCUCCACCCCCAGUAUGAUGAAGAAGUGAAGAGACUGAUAUAUGAAGACGUCGCGAGGGACUGGUACUCAAUGUCGUAUAGUGAUGAAGAUGAUGAUGAUGAUUUGUAU